CGGAAGUUGUCACUUGUCAACGUGACACAACAACAGAAGGAGGAAGCAGCUAUCACUGAAAGUAAAAUAAACGACGACAUACGUGAGCUGACAAAGACCAUCACAAGUACAAAAAUGAAUAAGUUUCAAAGAGACAAAAAAGAUUAUGAUGAAGGAGCCAUCUAUUCUUGGCAGCGCCGGCACACCCGGGGACCACCGAGACGCGGCCGUACAGUCUCAUUCAGCUUACCGGGCAGCACCACAAGUGAGGACGAGGACCGCUCUGACACAAGUCUGGCUGGUUCUUCUCAUUUUUUAGACAAAACCCGGACACCUCACAGUGGCGCAGGAAGAAAACACGGCGGGGCAGACGGGGGAGGAGGAAAACGACAGCUGAGACCUCGACAGCCCCAUCAAAAUUACCACCACCACCACAAACGGUAAUCAAUAUAUCUAAUGUUCCUCUCCCACCAGACUGUCAAAAACUCCUAUCAAGGGGAUUAUCUUUUGCACCUACUCACAUAACCAAUAGUUUUCAAACUAGAAUAGAGCUCUAUAAAUUCUACCGCAACCUACAUUUAAAAACAUGGUACCACACACACCCCUCGCCCUGUACCACUUCAUCCACGGACCCUUCACAGCCCCUAUCCUACUUUAAACGAAAAUCAACCUUCUUCCCACUGAGUAACAACUCAUGCUUAAACGCAUUUAUGAAGAAAGUCGAUCAUGAUGUCAACUUGAUUCUACAAAAUAACACAGCAACUACGUCAAAUUUGUGCUCAGGUGAAAGACGAGCUAUGGUGUGGCUUAAAAAAGAAGAAGACAUCGUGGUGAGAAGAGCGGAUAAAGGGGGAGCUACAGUAAUAUGGGGAUCGUCUCUACCAACAAACCAAGGGGACUGCCAUGGGGGCUUCAUACGCCCCCAACUAUGCGGGAUUAUUUUUGGGGCUAUGGGAAGAGAGGUAUGUGCACAGCACUGAAAACCCCUUCAAACAGCUCAUCAAAUACUAUGGUCGUUACAUUGAUGACCUUUUCUUCAUUUUUACUGGUACAACAGAACAACUUCAAGAAUUUCAUCAAUAUUUAAACAGCACUAAUCCUAACAUCAAACUCAGUUUGGAAUUCAGCAACAAAGAAAUAAACUUCUUGGACCUUUUAAUAUCACUGGAUGAACAAGGCUCAAUACACACAUCUCUGUUCAGAAAAAGUACAGAUCGAAAUACUGUUUUACAUGCUGAAUCCUUCCAUCCUAAGAGUCUCAUUGAAAACAUUCCAUUUGGGCAAUUUCAACGUCUCAAGCGCAUCUGCAACUCUCAAACGGACUUCAAUACCCAAGCUACGGAAAUGCAACAGCGGUUCGUUCAAAGGGGCUACAAAGCAAAGACACUGAGUGGGGCUCUAACACGAGCAAAAACUUUGGACAGAAGAAAUCUUCUCAUAAGGAGACAGCGAGCUCCAUCACAAACAAAAAACAGAAUUUUCUGUACUUUACAGUACAGCAACAUGGCAUACAAAAUCAAAAACGCCAUUACAAAAAACUGGUCCAUACUGGCUUGUGACCCUUCACUGGGCCCCUUGUUCUCUGAGCCCCCCAGGUUUGCCUUUAAAAAAGCCCCCACCCUCAAGGACAAAAUCGUCAAAAACUAUUUGCCAGCAUCAAAACUUGAGACUUUUUUCAAAAAACCCAUUGGCACCUUCAGAUGUGGGGCAUGUGUCCAUUGCACACAGAUCAAUCGUUCUACACAUUUUAUGGACUCUACAUGCACCUACACUUUUAAAUGUCGUUCUUUUGCAAACUGUAAUACAACACAUGUGGUAUACCGACUGGACUGUGUUUGUGGGUGUUUUUACAUUGGUCGCACAAAAAGAAAACUGAAAGAGCGUUUUGCAGAACACAAAUAUGCUAUCCGUAAAGGAAACAUGGAAUAUCCGAUUGCAAAACAUUUCAAGAACAUGACCCACACAAACAUUAAUGAACUCACAAUCAUGGCAAUUGAAGUUAUUGAGAACACUCCCCGAGGGGGUGACAGGUUGAAAAGAUUAUUGCAGAGGGAAACCUUCUGGAUCCACUCUUUGAAAGCAACUGUGUUCCCUGGACUAAAUGAAGAAAUAGACUUUUCUCCGUUUCUGUAAAUAUAUUAAUGUGUUCUGAAUGAUUGUCUUUGAUGAUGAGGGUUUACUCACUGUUUCAUGCCACUGUUUCCUAUUCUACACACAGUGCCUUGCAGUCAGUAAUUUUUUCAUUAUUUUUUUUCAUUAUUUAUUUUCUUCUAUAUGUUAACAUGAUGCAUCAUGGUUUAUUAUUGAAAUAUAGUGUUACAUAAUGAGCUUUAUUUAUGCAUUAUGGAUGAUAUGCUUGCCUAUUGCUCUGUGAAAAUAUUCCAAAGUGUUUAUAUUUUAUUUGUCUUUUAUGAAUGAAUACUUGGGUGGAGUCACAUGACCACACAUGAUCAUGUGACUUCCUGUUAAGUGUUUUUUAAAAGUAGACUUCCUGCUGUUCAGUUCAUUUACAAAUGUUGCCCUGACGAAGACUUGGUGUCGAAACAUGUUGGUGGUGUCCAUGUAGCUAAUAAAGGACUUUUAAUUGAGUAAGUACAGAGUGCCUCGGACUUUUCUUGCUUCAGUUCAAGUCACAGUUACUGCUUCAGCAAGUUUUUUCUGUAUUUCUAUUCAUCCGCGGGCCUGGUCCUUGUAGAGCACCUGCUUUUUACCCAUUGUUCACACCUGUUUUGGAGCCAUAAGCAGCACUCAACAAUCCUCCCUUUUUUUGCAAAGUUCUACUUCACCCACCACUGGGCCGUGGUGUUUUUUGUUGAGUUGCUCCGUUCAAUUUACCCUGGACGUUAUUGGAUCACAAGAUGACACAGCCAUCUAAGAACACAUUAUUUUUUACCCAAGAGGAAGGACGCAAUAUUAUUGUACAAGACUCUUUAUUCUGCAUGGAAAACCCAGGCUCACCUGAACUACCUUCUUACAAUGAACUUAAAAGACUUCUUGAGAAAGAAAAGAAACUGGAGUUACAUGCAAUAACGCUAUCCGACUACUGGCGGCAGAACAUCAUACCUCGUGGGCUCCGGAUAAAUAAAUUUCCAUCCUUUGGACAAGAUAACCUUGAAUUUAAACAAAAAUGGGAGUCCGUACUAAAUAAAUGCUCUUUUGACCUGAUGCUAUUACUGAUUGAUGAGGCAAAAAAUCAAAGAGAAGAAAUCAAACAGAAGAUACCGGAAGUAAAACGGAAGUUGUCACUUGUCAACGUGACACAACAACAGAAGGAGGAAGCAGCUAUCACUGAAAGUAAAAUAAACGACGACAUACGUGAGCUGACAAAGACCAUCACAAGUACAAAAAUGAAUAAGUUUCAAAGAGACAAAAAAGAUUAUGAUGAAGGAGCCAUCUAUUCUUGGCAGCGCCGGCACACCCGGGGACCACCGAGACGCGGCCGUACAGUCUCAUUCAGCUUACCGGGCAGCACCACAAGUGAGGACGAGGACCGCUCUGACACAAGUCUGGCUGGUUCUUCUCAUUUUUUAGACAAAACCCGGACACCUCACAGUGGCGCAGGAAGAAAACACGGCGGGGCAGACGGGGGAGGAGGAAAACGACAGCUGAGACCUCGACAGCCCCAUCAAAAUUACCACCACCACCACAAACGGUAAUCAAUAUAUCUAAUGUUCCUCUCCCACCAGACUGUCAAAAACUCCUAUCAAGGGGAUUAUCUUUUGCACCUACUCACAUAACCAAUAGUUUUCAAACUAGAAUAGAGCUCUAUAAAUUCUACCGCAACCUACAUUUAAAAACAUGGUACCACACACACCCCUCGCCCUGUACCACUUCAUCCACGGACCCUUCACAGCCCCUAUCCUACUUUAAACGAAAAUCAACCUUCUUCCCACUGAGUAACAACUCAUGCUUAAACGCAUUUAUGAAGAAAGUCGAUCAUGAUGUCAACUUGAUUCUACAAAAUAACACAGCAACUACGUCAAAUUUGUGCUCAGGUGAAAGACGAGCUAUGGUGUGGCUUAAAAAAGAAGAAGACAUCGUGGUGAGAAGAGCGGAUAAAGGGGGAGCUACAGUAAUAUGGGGAUCGUCUCUACCAACAAACCAAGGGGACUGCCAUGGGGGCUUCAUACGCCCCCAACUAUGCGGGAUUAUUUUUGGGGCUAUGGGAAGAGAGGUAUGUGCACAGCACUGAAAACCCCUUCAAACAGCUCAUCAAAUACUAUGGUCGUUACAUUGAUGACCUUUUCUUCAUUUUUACUGGUACAACAGAACAACUUCAAGAAUUUCAUCAAUAUUUAAACAGCACUAAUCCUAACAUCAAACUCAGUUUGGAAUUCAGCAACAAAGAAAUAAACUUCUUGGACCUUUUAAUAUCACUGGAUGAACAAGGCUCAAUACACACAUCUCUGUUCAGAAAAAGUACAGAUCGAAAUACUGUUUUACAUGCUGAAUCCUUCCAUCCUAAGAGUCUCAUUGAAAACAUUCCAUUUGGGCAAUUUCAACGUCUCAAGCGCAUCUGCAACUCUCAAACGGACUUCAAUACCCAAGCUACGGAAAUGCAACAGCGGUUCGUUCAAAGGGGCUACAAAGCAAAGACACUGAGUGGGGCUCUAACACGAGCAAAAACUUUGGACAGAAGAAAUCUUCUCAUAAGGAGACAGCGAGCUCCAUCACAAACAAAAAACAGAAUUUUCUGUACUUUACAGUACAGCAACAUGGCAUACAAAAUCAAAAACGCCAUUACAAAAAACUGGUCCAUACUGGCUUGUGACCCUUCACUGGGCCCCUUGUUCUCUGAGCCCCCCAGGUUUGCCUUUAAAAAAGCCCCCACCCUCAAGGACAAAAUCGUCAAAAACUAUUUGCCAGCAUCAAAACUUGAGACUUUUUUCAAAAAACCCAUUGGCACCUUCAGAUGUGGGGCAUGUGUCCAUUGCACACAGAUCAAUCGUUCUACACAUUUUAUGGACUCUACAUGCACCUACACUUUUAAAUGUCGUUCUUUUGCAAACUGUAAUACAACACAUGUGGUAUACCGACUGGACUGUGUUUGUGGGUGUUUUUACAUUGGUCGCACAAAAAGAAAACUGAAAGAGCGUUUUGCAGAACACAAAUAUGCUAUCCGUAAAGGAAACAUGGAAUAUCCGAUUGCAAAACAUUUCAAGAACAUGACCCACACAAACAUUAAUGAACUCACAAUCAUGGCAAUUGAAGUUAUUGAGAACACUCCCCGAGGGGGUGACAGGUUGAAAAGAUUAUUGCAGAGGGAAACCUUCUGGAUCCACUCUUUGAAAGCAACUGUGUUCCCUGGACUAAAUGAAGAAAUAGACUUUUCUCCGUUUCUGUAAAUAUAUUAAUGUGUUCUGAAUGAUUGUCUUUGAUGAUGAGGGUUUACUCACUGUUUCAUGCCACUGUUUCCUAUUCUACACACAGUGCCUUGCAGUCAGUAAUUUUUUCAUUAUUUUUUUUCAUUAUUUAUUUUCUUCUAUAUGUUAACAUGAUGCAUCAUGGUUUAUUAUUGAAAUAUAGUGUUACAUAAUGAGCUUUAUUUAUGCAUUAUGGAUGAUAUGCUUGCCUAUUGCUCUGUGAAAAUAUUCCAAAGUGUUUAUAUUUUAUUUGUCUUUUAUGAAUGAAUACUUGGGUGGAGUCACAUGACCACACAUGAUCAUGUGACUUCCUGUUAAGUGUUUUUUAAAAGUAGACUUCCUGCUGUUCAGUUCAUUUACAAAUGUUGCCCUGACGAAGACUUGGUGUCGAAACAUGUUGGUGGUGUCCAUGUAGCUAAUAAAGGACUUUUAAUUGAGUAA